AUGGCGACUUGGAAUUUGGAGACGCCUGCGUCGUCGUCUUUGUCAUCAGCUCGUUUCAAUCACACCCCUUAUUACUGUGCAGUAAAAGAGAGUAUGGUGGCGCCGGUGGUUUCGUUUCCGCACGCCUCUUUGAGUAUGCGCAGCUCCAAUAGCGAUAGUAAGAGAUUUGGCAUUAAUACUGUUGGCUCCAAUUCCAUGAGAUGCUGCUUUCCAGCUUCUUCAGUUAAUGCUUAUAUUGCAACCAGAAAUAGAAGGAUUGCGUGUGCAUGUGUCGCCCCGCCUCAGGACCUCUUCUCAUCCAGAUACAUUGGUCCUCAUAACAUAGCAACCUCAAAUAUCAAGAAGGACGAAGAAAAUGAGUCAGAUGUCCUUAUUGAAUGUAGAGAUGUAUAUAAAUCCUUUGGGGAGAAGCACAUACUAAGAGGCGUGAGCUUCAAGAUUAGGCAUGGAGAGGCUGUUGGAAUUGUUGGUCCAUCUGGGACAGGUAAGUCAACCAUCUUGAAGAUUAUGGCUGGGCUUCUUGCGCCAGACAAGGGUGAGGUUUUCAUCCGAGGAAAAAGGCGACAUGGCUUGAUCAGUGAUGAAGAAAUAUCUGGUCUUAGAAUUGGCCUGGUGUUUCAGAGUGCAGCACUUUUUGAUUCUCUGACUGUUCGUGAAAAUGUCGGUUUUUUGUUGUAUGAAAAUUCUGCUAUGCCUGAAGACCAAAUUGCCGAGCUAGUGACAGAAACUUUGGCUGCUGUUGGAUUGAAGGAAGUUGAGGAUCGAUUACCUUCUGAAUUGUCGGGUGGGAUGAAAAAGAGAGUUGCCCUGGCACGUUCUAUAAUAUUUGAUACAACAAAGGAUGCAGUAGAGCCUGAGGUACUCCUAUACGAUGAGCCAACAGCCGGGCUUGAUCCGAUUGCAUCCACUGUUGUUGAAGAUCUCAUUCGAUCCGUUCAUAUGAAAGGGGAAGAUGCACUUGGGAAGCCUGGGAAGAUUGCAUCUUAUGUAGUCGUCACUCACCAACAUAGCACCAUCAGAAGAGCUGUUGAUAGGCUGUUAUUUUUGCAUGAAGGGAAAGUUGUGUGGCAAGGAAUGACACAUGAGUUUGCUUCAUCGACAAAUCCGAUUGUUCAACAGUUUGCGUCAGGGAGUUUGGAUGGGCCGAUUAAGUAUUAA